AUGGGCCGUUGCAUUUACGGUGGAAUAUACGAUCCUGGAAACCCUCUCUCCGACAAACAUGGUUACCGCACGGAUGUCCUCGGUGCGCUCCGCGAACUCGAUAUUCCUGUGAUUCGCUACCCUGGUGGAAAUUUCAUCGCUACAUAUCACUGGGAAGAUGGAAUCGGACCUAGAGAAAAUCGACCUGCUCGACCUGAACUUGCUUGGUUAGGAACUGAGACGAAUGAAUUUGGAACUGAUGAAUUCAUGCAUUAUCUCAGUGUUCUCUCAGAGGGAAAGGAAAAACGGGUCGAACCCUAUUUCUGUCUCAAUAUGGGAACAGGGACAUUGACCGAAGCAUUGGCGUGGGUAGAGUAUUGCAACGGUACCCGAAAUACCUACUAUGCCAAUCUUCGAAGAAAGAAUGGACAUAAAGAACCAUACAAUAUCAAAUACUGGGCACUAGGGAACGAAGUUUGGGGACCGUGGCAAGUUGAGCAAAUGACUGCUGAAGACUACGCCAAGAAAGCCCUCCAAUGGUCUAAAGCUCUCCAUCUCCUCGACCCAUCCCUUCAGCUCAUUCUCUGUGGCGAAACAGGUCUCUCCCCCUGGGAUCUCACCGUGCUACUACCCAAUAUUCACCACAUAACCAUGCACAGUAUCCACAUCUACAGCACCUCAUCCCAACAUCUCCCCAACGCCCUUUCACCCCUGCAAGCAGAAACCGCCAUCGAAUCCGCCGCCUCCCUCAUCCAAAUCGCACGCAUCCAAGCCAAGAUCCCUCCCUCAGUACCUGUCCCCAAAAUCUGUUUCGACGAAUGGAACGUAUGGGAUCCAUUACGUGCACCCGGAGAAGAGGGAGCCGAGGAAAAAUACACUCUAAGCGAUGCUCUAGCCGUCGGUGUGUGGUUGAAUGUUUUUAUUCGACAGAGUCGAUAUGUUGGGAUGGCUAAUCUGGCUCAGAGCGUUAACGUCAUUUCUCCAUUGAUGACAAGUAAAGAUGGGAUUAUUAAACAAACGACUUGGUGGCCAUUAUGGCUGUAUAUGGGUGAACAGGGAGGAGCGAGCUGGUUGGAUGUGGCGGGAAGUAUAGAUGAGGAUGGAGUAAUCAGUUUGUGUGUUGUGAAUGUGAGCGAGGAGGAGAGUUUCGAGACGGAUUUACUGGGGGUGAAGGGUGAGGUUGAGGUUUUCACUAUCACUGGAGAUAAUGUUAAGGUGACCAAUACGGCGGAGAAGGAAGAAGUGGGUAUUAAGGAAAGUAAAUGGGAUGGUAAGGGUAAAUACACUUUUGGAAAACAUUCUCUUACGAUGUUGAGAUGGGCAACGGGAGAGAAAGUUGUGGAAGUUAAGAGGGGUGAGGGAGAGAGAUUGGAUACGAGAAAGUUGGCAUGGGCGGGUGAUAGGGAACUUGAGAGAUCCUAA